AUGAUGUGUAUUUGCUGCCAGGUGCCGCUGUCUGCCUCUGUGUCAGGUGUCCUGGGUCUGAUGACGGGGACUGCGACUGUCCUGGCCGCCAGAGAGGUCAAGAAGAAACCGGCAGCUCUGAGUCUCAGUAUUGAAGAGGUAGCUGGUAUGGCUUUCCUGUCCCUCAACUGUCCUGUCCAGGAACACUUAUAUGGCAGUUAUAUGAAGCAGGGGCGUGGGCCUGGGUGGACACAGGCCCACCUACUGGGGAGCCAGGCCCUGCCAGGCCAGCCCAAUCAGUUUCAGCAAAAAAACAAAAAGAAUACAUUAUUAUUUAAAAGAAUACUCGUCAGCACCCCCCCAUCCAAAUUUCUGUUGGGCCCACCCACCAAUGAAUUUCUGGCUACGACCCUGAUAUGAAUGGACAGAUCUUAUCUGCUAAAAAGGGCUGUUUGGGUGUCUGUGCAGGCUCCCACACAGCCCUUUGCAGAUAAAAUGAUAUUGACAGGACAACGUUGCUGUAGGCUGCUGGAUUGAAGUGUGUGUGUUUCAGCUCCCGUCCCUCUAAACUACUCCAGAGCCGCAGCUCAAGCAUGUGGAGUCGGAGGCGAGGCCAAUGGAACAGUGUGUGGCCGAGCUGAGGAAAUGGGCCGAGCCUUUCACCAACCAGUGUCCGGUACACCUCUCCCUCUUCCUCAGCGAUGUAUGCCUCGGCCCUGUCAACUGGAACAAGAUGGGUGUGUCUAGGCAAUCACAAGUGUCAUCUCACUCAUUAUCUUUUGGAAUGCUGAGAUUUAAGAAUGUUUGUGGUAAUUGUUUGUUUUCCUGCAGGAAACAGUUCUGGUUGCCCUGGAGAAAGCAGAGGUAGGUGACAGACACUGUCUACUAAGACUAGACACACAAACACACACUAGUGGUGCACGGAUCAGCUGUUUGUUCACAUACACCUGUCCACAAUUGCUAAUAACCCAUCAGCAACCGCCCAACUAUAUGUGAUAAAGUGAAUAUCUAAGGCCUGCACCCGACCCUAACCCGCUAAUAUAGAAAAUGCGCUGUAGGCUACAGUCAGUGAUGGCGUAACUAUUCCUUUAACAGGGGGUGCAGGAUUUAUUUUGCCUAAUUUUUAAAUAUGUUUCUUCUGAUAAUUUCUGACAUUUUGGUAGGCUAGUUCUUAGUUAACUUGUCUAUAAUUAGAUACAGUGGGGAGAACAAGUAUUUGAUACACUGCCGAUUUUGCAGGUUUUCCUACUUACAAAGCAUGUAGAGGUCUGUAAUUUGUAUCAUAGGUACACUUCAACUGUGAGAGACUGAAUCUAAAACAAAAAUCCAGAAAAUCACAUUGUAUGAUUUUUAAGUAAUUAAUUUGCAUUUUAUUGCAUGACAUAAGUAUUUGAUCACCUACCAACCAGUAAGAAUUCCGGCUUUCACAGACCUGUUAGUUUUUCUUUAAGAAGCCCUCCUGCUCUCCACUCAUUACCCGUAUUAACUGCACCUGUUUGAACUCGUUACCUGUAUAAAAGACACCUGCCACACACUGAAUCAAACAGACUCCAACCUCUCCACAAUGGCCAAGACCAGAGAGCUGUGUAAGGACAUCAGGGAUAAAAUUGUAGACCUGCACAAGGCUGGGAUGGGCUACAGGACAAUAGGCAAGCAGCUUGGUGAGAAGGCAACAACUGUUGGCGCAAUUAUUAGAAAAUGGAAGAAGUUCAAGAUGACAGUCAAUCACCCUCGGUCUGGGGCUCCAUGCAAGAUCUCACUUUGUGGGGCAUCAAUUAUUUAUUUAUUUAUUUAUUUCACCUUUAUUUAACCAGGUAAAUAAUAAUAAAUAAUAAUAUGCCAUUUAGCAGACGCUUUUAUCCAAAGCGACUUACAGUCAUGCGUGCAUACAUUUUUGUGUAUGGGUGGUCCCGGGGAUCGAACCCGCUACCUUGGCGUUACAAGCGCCGUGCUCUACCAGCUGAGCUACAGAGGACAGGUAAACCAGUUGAGAACAAGUUCUCGUUUACAACUGCGACCUGGCCAAGAUAAAGCAAAGCAGUGCGAUAAAAACAACAACACAGAGUUACAUAUGGGGUAAAACAAAGUCAAAAAAAUACAACAGAAAUACAUAUAUAUACAGUGUGUGCAAAUUUAGCAAGUUAUGGAGGUAAGGCAAUAAAAUAGGCUAUAGUGCAAAAUAAUUACAAUUAGUAUUAACACUGGAAUGAUAGAUGUGCAAGAGAUGAUGUGCAAAUAGAGAUACUGGGGUACAAAUGAGCAAAAUAAAUAACAAUAUAGGGAUGAGGUAGUUGGGCGGGCUAAUUUCAGAUGGGCUGUGUACAGGUGCAGUGAUCGGUAAGGUGCUCUGACAACUGAUGCUUAAAGUUAGUGAGGGAGAUAAGUGUCUCCAGCUUCAGAGAUUUUUGCAAUUUGUUCCAGUCAUUGGCAGCAGAGAACUGGAAGGAAUUGCGGCCAAAGGAGGUGUUGGCUUUGGGGAUCACCAGUGAGAUAUACCCGCUGGAGCGCAGACUACGGGUGGGUGUUGCUAUGGUGACCAAUGAGCUAAGAUAAGGCGGGGAUUUGCCUAGCAGUGAUUUAUAGAUGGCCUGGAGCCAGUGGGUUUGGCGACGAAUAUGUAGUGAGGACCAGCCAACAAGAGCGUACAGGUCACAGUGGUGGGUAUUAUAUGGGGCUUUGGAGACAAAACGGAUGGCACUGUGAUAGACUACAUCCAAUUUGCUGAGUAGAGUGUUGGAGGCUAUUUUGUAAAUGACAUCGCCGAAGUCAAGGAUCGGUAGGAUAGUCAGUUUUACGAGGGCAUGUUUGGCAGCAUGAGUGAAGGAGGCUUUGUUGCGAAAUAGGAAACCGAUUCUAGAUUUAACUUUGGAUUGGAGAUUCUUAAUGUGAGUCUGGAAGGAGAGUUUACAGUCUAACCAGACACCUAGAUAUUUGUAGUUGUCCACAUACUCAUGAUCAUGAGGAAGGUGAGGGAUCAGCCCAGAACUACACGGCAGGACCUGGUCAAUGACCUGAAGAGAGCUGGAACCACAGUCUCAAAGAAAACCAUUAGUAACACACUACGCCGUCAUGGAUUAAAAUCCUGCAGCGCACGCAAGGUCCCCCUGCUCAAGCCAGCGCAUGUCCAGGCCCAUCUGAAGUUUGCCAAUGACCAUCUGGAUGAUCCAGAGGAGGAAUGGGAGAAGAUCAUGUGGUCUGAUGAGACAAAAAUAGAGCUUUUUGGUCUAAACUCCACUCGCCGUGUUUGGAUGAAGAAGAAGGAUGAGUACAACCCCAAGAACACCAUCCCAACCGUAAAGCAUGGAGGUGGAAACAUCAUUCUUUGGGGAUGCUUUUCUGCAAAGGGGACAGGACGACUGCACCGUAUUGAGGGGAGGAUGGAUGGGGCCAUGUAUCGCGAGAUCUUGGCCAACAACCUCCUUCCCUCAGUAAGAGCAUUGAAGAUGGGUCGUGGCUGGGUCUUCCAGCAUGACAACGACCCGAAACACACAGCCAGGGCAACUAAGGAGUGGCUCCGUAAGAAGCAUCUCAAGGUCCUGGAGUGGCCUAGCCAGUCUCCAGACCUGAACCCAAUAGAAAAUCUUUGGAGGGAGCUGAAAGUCCGUAUUGCCCAGCGACAGCCCCGAAACCUGAAGGAUCUGGAGAAGGUCUGUAUGGAGGAGUGGGCCAAAAUCCCUGCUGCAGUGUGUGCAAACCUGGUCAAGACCUACAGGAAACGUAUGAUCUCUGUAAUUGCAAACAAAGGUUUCUGUACCAAAUAUUAAGUUCUGCUUUUCUGAUGUAUCAAAUACUUAUGUCAUGCAAUAAAAUGCAAAUUAAUUACUUAAAAAUCAUACAAUGUGAUUUUCUGGAUUUUUGUUUUAGAUUCCGUCUCUCACAGUUGAAGUGUACCUAUGAUAAAAAUGACAGACCUCUACAUGCUUUGUAAGUAGGAAAACCUGCAAAAUUGGCAGUGUAUCAAAUACUUGUUCUCCCCACUGUAUGUGUGGCCCAAACACAGCCAGAUCAGACAGACAGGAGGGAUAAUAACAGAGGAUGAUAUAGAAGCAGGAUAGGAAAGUGAUGAGUAGAUAGCAGUUCAGAGGGAGGCAGGAUGGAAAGCUGUGACCUCUGACUGGUGACUGGGGGGUUUUAAUGGCUGUAGUUUUGUGAGUUAUGGUCAGUUUUGACACUUAAUGAGUGAUUUGUGUGUGUUGGGUGUUUUAAUGUGCCAUUUUGGGACAGUAAAGGUGUUUAUGGGCACUAGAUCUGUCAGAAGGUUUGUUUGAUUUGGUUGAGGUCAGACCUCAUAGUAGGAACCCCUCUGCCCCAUGUACGCACACACACGCUGUUGGCUGUUUCUAUUGCAAAUUACCAUUGCGUCUGAACCACAAUUUGCGUGUGUGGUGGUUCUCUUAUCUCAGGUGAUCAGGUACUCUGUGUACAGCUGGAGUCAGCAGGGUUGAGAUGCUGUGGAGAUGCUCUGGAAGGACCUGCCGUUUGGCAAGGGCAAGGUUAGUCAUCAUCAAGGAAUCGAGGAAAGAUGUUUGAGAUUUAGGUGAAGUGUGUUCAGUAAUAAUGAUGUGCAUUACUGCUUCCUGUUUCCCCUCAGGCAGGCUGAGAAGACCGAGGACAAGAGCACUACUAGCUGAAACAGAGAAAGCCUGGACAGACACACAACCUGGCUGACACACACACACAAACACACAGAGUUAUUUAUAUACAGUGGGUGGAAAAAGUAUUUAGUCAGCCACCAAUUGUGCAAGUUCUCCCACUUAAAAAGAUGAGAGGCCUGUAAUUUUCAUCAUAGGUACACGUCAACUAUGACAGACAAAAUGAGAAAAAAAAAAAGAAAAUCACAUUGUAGGAUUUUUAAUGAAUUUAUUUGCAAAUUAUGGUGGAAAAUAAGUAUUUGGUCAAUAACAAAAGUUUCUCAAUACUUUGUUAUAUACCCUUUGUUGGCAAUGACACAGGUCAAACGUUUUCUGUAAGUCAUGACAAGGUUUUCACACACUGUUGCUGGUAUUUUGGCCCAUUCCUCCAUGCAGAUCUCCUCUAGAGCAGUGAUGUUUUGGGGCUGUCGCUGGGCAACACAGACUUUCAACUCCCUCCAAAUAUUUUCUAUGGGGUUGAGAUCUGGAGCCUGGCUAGGCCACUCCAGGACCUUGAAAUGCUUCUUACGAAGCCACUCCUCCGUUGCCCGGGCGGUGUGUUUGGGAUCAUUGUCAUGCUGAAAGACCCAGCCACGUUUCAUCUUCAAUGCCCUUGCUGAUGGAAGGAGGUUUUCACUCAAAAUCUCACGAUACAUGGCCCCAUUCAUUCUUUCCUUUACACGGAUCAGUCGUCCUGGUCCCUUUGCAGAAAAACAGCCCCAAAGCAUGAUGUUUCCACCCCCAUGCUUCACAGUAGGUAUGGUGUUCUUUGGAUGCAACUCAGCAUUCUUUGUCCUCCAAACACGACGAGAUGAGUUUUUACCAAAAAGUUCUAUUUUGGUUUCAUCUGACCAUAUGACAUUCUCCCAAUCCUCUUCUGGAUCAUCCAAAUGCACUCUAGCAAACUUCAGACGGGCCUGGACAUGUACUGGUUUAAGCAGGGGGACACGUCUGGCACUGCAGGAUUUGAGUCCCUGGCGGCGUAGUGUGUUACUGAUGGUAGGCUUUGUUACUUUGGUCCCAGCUCUCUGCAGGUCAUUCACUAGGUCCCCCUGUGUGGUUCUGGGAUUUUUGCUCACCGUUCUUGUGAUCAUUUUGACCCCACGGGGUUAGAUCUUGCGUGGAGCCCCAGAUCGAGGGAGAUUAUCAGUGGUCUUGUAUGUCUUCCAUUUCCUAAUAAUUGCUCCCACAGUUGAUUUCUUCAAACCAAGCUGCUUACCUAUUGCAGAUUCAAUCUUCCCAGCCUGGUGCAGGUCUACAAUUUUGUUUCUGGUGUCCUUUGACAGCUCUUUGGUCUUGGCCAUAGUGGAGUUUGGAGUGUGACUGUUUGAGGUUGUGGACAGGUGUCUUUUAUACUGAUAACAAGUUCAAACAGGUGCCAUUAAUAUAGGUAACGAGUGGAGGACAGAGGAGCCUCUUAAAGAAGAAGUUACAGGUCUGUGAGAGCCAGAAAUCUUGCUUGUUUGUAGGUGACCAAAUACUUAUUUUCCACCAUAAUUUGCAAAUAAAUUCAUAAAAAAUCCUACAAUGUGAUUUUCUGGAUUUUUUUUCUUCAAUUUGUCUGUCAUCGUUGACGUGUACCUAUGAUGAAAAUUACAGGCCUCUCAUCUUUUUAAGUGGGAGAACUUGCACAAUUGGUGGCUGACUAAAUACGUUUUUUCCCCCACUGUGUGUGUGUAUAUAUAUAUAUAUGAGAGAGAGAGUUCAUCAAACUGGGUUGGAGAUUUUGAAUCUUAAUGGCACCAAAAGUCAUCAAGUAAAUUUUUUGUUGUGUCAUGGAACAUUUGGUACAAACGUGGAGGAUGGGUUAUAAUUAGAGCCCGACCGAUAUAUUGUUUCACCGAUAUUUGCCUUUUACCGAUAUAUUGAUAUCGGCCGAUAAUUCAGCCGAAAAAUUGAUGAAUGGGAUGAAAAAGGCAUGUUCCGUUUUUUCAACAUUAUUAUUACGGUUAGGAGGCUCCAACACGAGGUUACCGCAGGAUAGCGGUAAGUCACUUUCUCUGCUAAACCUCCCAAAGACUUAGCCUGGUUCUAAAUCUGCAUGCACUUCGAAGAGGUGAACAGAGCUGUGGAAGAGUGACUGCUCAGCUGCAGUGUUUUUCCCGUAAAGCCUAGGGGUUAUUAUUUGACUGUGCGUGCAUGUUUGUGUUCCUAAUGUUGUGUCAGAAUCUGUGUGUGGGUUUGCCUGUGUGUUCAAUCAUGUGGUGUUCCUAGCUAUGAAUUGAUUCUGGCCCUCAGAUCUUUAAUAAUGUCAUUGGCAUCUUCAGUGAAAAUAGUUUCUUCUCCUUAAGAUUUGUCUCAUGAAGUUGUGAAAUAAUCAAUGGCUGUUGUUAAUAUAGGUGAUUAUGAUUCUUGGCAUCAUAAUGAUAGUCAGAGAAGUUGGACUGCAAGUUCCAACAGAAUCCCCUACAUUCACAACGUUUUACAUUACAUUUACAUUUUAGUCAUUUAGCAGAUGCUCUUAUCCAGAGUGACGUACAGUUAGUGCAUUCAUCUUAAGAAAGCUAGGUGGGACAACUACAUAUCACAGGCAUAGAAAGUGCUGGUUAAUUGUUUGUUGUAGUGUUCUAGUAUUCUUUCUAACAAAGAUAUCUGAAUAUAUUUCAGGAUGUUGUGUAUCCCUGGAAGUAAUCUGAAUUCAUGUCAACAUUACAGUUUUGAAAACAUGGCUUGUCCAAAAAAAAGUGCUCUCUUCACACAACUUACACCGUACUGAAUGAAAUAUGACCACUACCUUUAUAAAACCAUGUCUAUCUUUAUUUCCCAAACACAAUUCAGCACAAUCACAAUCGUUUUUGUCUUUUAAUAAUUUUAAGCAUCUUUUAACACAGGCUUACUACCUAACACUUUGUACUUUUUUUUUUUACACUUUAACAUAGGCCAGGCCCUGUUGUUACCUCAUAUCCCAGCGAUAAUGCCUUGCAUUAGAGUUGAAUACCACUGCUCUAACACAAUACAUUCAUUUCACUUGGUGAAAAUCAGUUUUUGGACCUCACUUGCGUUCCACUUUUUCCAUGUGGUUUCUUCCUUCACAAACUCCAUGAAAUGAUGACCUCUUCCUAAAUAUUUGGUCAAAUUAUUAAUUUUGUAUUUGGUUUCAUAGGAACAAGGGUGGCUCAACUUAUCCCUCUCACCCCUAUUUGAAUUGUUGAACUAGAUGUUCAUAUACCUUGAGGAUGUUACAGCAUGUCAUCACACCCACCAUUGCUGAGAGCCCGCUGUAGCUGUUAUUACCAUCGUCUAUGCCUAAAUCGGUUUUGGGUGGUUUGAACAACCAUUUGAAAUGAAUAACCAGGUUGUUGUUGUAAAAUACCAUUUGUUUUCAAUGACAUAACCUGGAUUACUAGAGGUGAAAUAAAGAAACUGUAUGUAGGUCUGUACCUGUGGAUAGAAUACACAUUCAACACCACUAUAUACACAGCGCCUCCAUGGCCUGCAAACACAGGCACACACAACACCCCCCAUACACCUCUAUCGUUCUCUCCUGUAAUAUGAUACAUCACAUUUUGUCCUGCUCUGUUAUUUCCAAAGACAUUCCCCCGUUGAUCCACUGCAGAGUGCACAGCAGUACAUUACAUCAAUUAUUUCAAGAGUUAAAGAUUUACUACUACUGGAUAUUUAUUUGAGCAUUGUGGUGUAUAUUUUGUUUCAGAUUAUGAUUUUGAAUUUGUUUAUUUUUGUAUUGAUUAUCUGUCCCCAGAAAUAUACUGACAAGGAACAGAGAUAUAGUCCUAAUACAUUCAUCUCAUAUCUGAUUGUGAUUGUGUUAUUGCUGAUCAACUUACAGUGGCUUGCGAAAGUAUUCACCCCCCUUGACAUUUUUCCUAUAUUGUUGCCUUACAACCUGGAAUUAACAUAGAUUUUUUGGGGGGUUGUAUCAUUUGAUUUACACAACACGCCUACCACUUUGAAAAUGCAAAAUAUUUUUUAUUGUGAAACAAACAAGAAAUAUUACAAAAAAACAGUAAACAUGAGCGUGCAUAACUAUUCACCCCCCCCCCCCCCCCCCCCCCCCCCCCCCAAAAAAAAAAUGCUAUACUUUUUAGAGACACCUUUUGAAGCAAUUACAGCUGCAAGUCUCUUGGGGUAUGUCUCUAUAAGCUUGGCACAUCUAGCCACUGGGAUUUUUGUCCAUUCUUCAAGGCAAAACUGAACUGCGUGAAAGUGUUGUGGUCAGAUGAGACCAAAAUCGAGCUCUUUGGCAUCAACUCAACUCGCCGUGUUUGGAGGAGGAGGAAUGCUGCCUAUGACCCCAAGAACACCAUCCCCACCGUCAAACAUUAUGCUUUGGGGGUGUUUUUCUGCUAAGGGGACAGGAUAACUUCACUGCAUCAAAGGGAUGAUGGACGGGGCCAUGUACCAUCAAAUCUUGGGUGAGAACCUCCUUCCCUCAGCCAGGGCAUUGAAAAUGGGUCGUGGAUGGGUAUUCCAGCAUGACAAUGAACCAAAACACACGGUCAAGGCAACAAAGGAGUGGCUCAAGAAGAAGCACAUUAAGGACCUGGAGUGGCCUAGCCAGUCUCCAGACCUUAAUCCCAUAGAAAAUCUGUGGAGGGAGCUGAAGGUUCGAGUUGCCAAACGUCAGGAUCGAAACCUUAAUGACUUGGAGAAGGUCUGCAAAGAGGAGUGGAACAAAAUCCCUCCUGAGAUGUGUGCAAACCUGGUGGCCAACUACAAGAAACGUCUGACCUCUGUGAUUGCCAACAAGGGUUUUGCCACCAAGUACUAAGUAAUGUUUUACAUAACAUUUUUGACAUGCGUUUUUCUGGAUUUUUUUGUUGUUAUUCUGUCUCUCACUGUUCAAAUAAACCUACUAUUAAAAUUACAGGCUGAUCAUGUCUUUGUAAGUGGGCAAACGUACAAAAUCAGCAGGGGAUCAAAUACUUUUUUCCCUCACUGUAUGCACGCACCACUUUUCCGUUAUGAAACAAGUUAUUUUUUUCAUUUCACUUCACCAAUUUGGACUAUUUUGUGUGUCCAUUACAUGAAAUCCAAAUUAAAAUCCAUUUAAAUUACAGGUUGUAAUGCAAUUAAAUAGAAAAAAACACCAAGGGGGAUGAAUACUUUUGCAAGGCACUGUAAGUGCAUAUUUACCAGCGUUGUUUGCAUGUUCAGUCAUGGACUGUGUAUGCCUCUAGCAUUCUCACAAAGAGAGAAACAGAGAGGGUAGUCUGUCCAUACUCUAUAUGGGAUAUUCUGGUCAUGUCUGAAGGCAGUUUUUUUAUGUGUGUAAUUAGUUGUUCAAACAGGGACUGUUCCCUCCCUGUAAAACCAUAAAACUUACAUAAGGAGAAAAAUAUAUGGAGAGGAAGCAGUUGAUCUGCAACUCCAGCCUGGUCCUACAUCUUGAUGUGCUUUAGCCAACUCUUACUGAUGGGACCAGGCUAACACUCUACUGUACAAACUGAAUCUGCUGUGACCCUGUGGUGGGAGUUGGACCAAAUGAUCACUGCAGUUAUUUUGAAGUAGACUCCAGUUUCCCUCCGCAGUGAGGGUGAGCGAGUUAGUGGGGUAGGUAAGUUGGUACAAAGUUGGGGGUGGGAGUGUCUGUUCGUGUGACUUGACGCUCGACCUUGACCGUCAUGCCGUAGGAGGUGUGACCCACUGGGGUCAUGUUUGUGUGACUGAAUGCCUAUAUUUGUGCAACCAAGGGAUCAACACACGUGUGUGCUAGAAUAUAACAUUGUGUUAUAGUUUAGAAAGGGUUGGAAAGGUUCUGUAAAGACCCCAUGGGGAGUUAAGUCUUUUAAUCUCCCUGAUGUGUCUUUAAAGAGAUGGAAACCUCUGUCUCAGCCUAUGGUUAAUCAGUAAACGGGCAGAGUUUCUGGACAUAAAAAAGUCAGGUUCAAAGGUCAGGGAGGCUCAUGGGAGUCUAUGAUGAAAAUAUUAUGGCCUGUUUGGAGAUAAAGGAUGCUGUCUCUCUUUUCUCCACCCCCCUAUCCUUCCCCCACGUUCUCUCAGAUGUAAAUAUGGUGGUCUAUGCUGUACGUGGAGCAACGGUAACUAAGUCACGUAUGAAAAAAAACAAUUUAUGAAAAAUGUAUCCACUCACUAACUGUAAGUCGCUCUAGAUAAGAGCGUCUGCUAAAUGACUAAAAUGUAAAAAUGUACACACUGUCCUGCCCUAUUUCCUACCAGAGUUCAUAUGAGAGUUUAGAGUUGGGGACAACUGUCCACUAAAGACGAUGGAAGACUGUAAUAUCAUUACUGAACUUGAAACUGCUCUGUCCUCAUACACACACAUUUGGCAAAAGCCAAAUAGAAAAAAGGAGAUAAGUGAAACUUCAUUAUUAGAGCUGUAGGCCUUUUCUCUGGGUUUAGUUUCAGUGUGUGUUGGGGGAAACUCUUAGAAAGGGCCACCAUGUUUACAGGAAAGAGGAUCUGUCUCUGCCUGGGCAAAGGGUUGGGAGGCAGUGUUUGUAUACUCUAAACUGGGCCACUACAGUGUUAGGUUGUGGCAGUGUUUGUUGUUCAGGCAUUGCUGUAGUGAAUGUUCAAACUGCAGUCAAUGAAAAACAAAACAUCACAUUUAUAUGCAUUUCUACGCCCCUGGUUUCUGCAAGAACUGACUAGAAUGUUUGUGUGCCUGAGCAUGUGUGUGUGUCUGAACGUGUUCCACUCCUCUGCUCUCCAUAGACUUAUAACAGACCACACAUCCCCCUUUCACAGAGAGAGAGAGAAAGUAUGACAGAGGAAGCGAGAGAGGGGGGGGGGGGGGGGGGAGAGGAAAAGGCUGUAUUUGAGUUUCCUGAUGAUGUCACCGUUCUGAAAUGACUCCCACGAGAAACGGAGGAUGAAGGGAGGGAGGAUGGAGUGAUGCAUGUUCUGUAAAGCCAUCCCAUUCCACACUAUCAUGACCCCUAACCUCUGACCUAAGCCCACCUGCAUGGGAGGCCAGGGAUUUCAUUAUAAAGCCCCUCCUUCCUAGCUCUAGAGAAAAUCAGUCACCACACAAAUGUGCUCUGAACCUUUUAAUUGCACCAACAUCAUAAUAAACACAUUCAAACUACAAAUCACUGUAUUAUAGGAUUAGUUACCUACAGCUGUCCCCAUAGGAGAACCCUUUUGGGUUCCAGGUAGAACCCUUUGUGGAAAGGAUUCUACAUGGAACCCAAAAGGGUUCUACCUGGAACCAAAAGGGUUCUUCAAAAGGUUCUAGAAUAACUAUUUUAGGUUCUAGAUAGGAUUCCUACACAAAAGGUGCUAAGGUUUGUUGAUUAGCAGAAUAAACUAAAAACUACGUAAACUACAACUACUAAAACGAUGGCUUUAUAUAAAAUACUGGAUUAAAAAAAAAAUAUAUGAACCCUAAAUUAAGUGCAACUAGAUUGAGAAGUUAGUGCACACAUAUGAUUAGUAAUGUUUAAUGCCCCUUUUUAUUAAUAAUCUAUUGUCAGUAGUCACACCCCCCACCCCUGAAGUGAGAGACAGGCAAAUAAUUAACUGAAUUUAAAUUAAAUUGACCCCAAGCCUGCCCCCAAGUCUCUCACUCCAAUCCCCAUCUUUCUCUCUGUGUCACUUGGCCAGCUCACUCUUCGGGGCCGGAGGACAUCUUGAGGAGGGAGCUCUUGUCGAUCUUGAAGAGUCUCCAUCCCUCCUCCAGAGAGAGGUCGGCGGCGCCACGACGCUUGUAG